AUGCGCCGCGUGCGCACCUCUCCCAGAAGCCCUGUUAAACGUGCCUUGAACAUUUCUGCGGACCAAGGGAACGCGAAACCUUCACAGUCGAUUCCAACAACGCCGGAUGUGGAGAACUUCCCUUCAAUACAGGAGCCAACCGCCCAGUCGGCGGAUAACAUCAGCAAAAAUGGCUACGUACCUAGCGUGCCAGCAUGCCCGGAAACGACGCUUUCCCCUCGUCCAACACUGUCCCGGGUCGAGAAGCGGCGGAGCGGGACCUUCGGGUCUUUUGCGACAGUUAGCCCCCUAAAACGCAGCGACGGUAUUAUGAACCUUGACCGCGCUUCACGGGGCAGUCCUUCAGCCAAAAGGCGGAGCGUUCAGGCAGCCAAUGUCUCUAAUGAGUUCAGCAUCUUUGAUGGGGAAGCGACUCCGACUACUGUUGAAGAGUCUGUAGGCGAGACACUAGCAGAAGAUGUAAUAACUUCGUUUCCCACUACCAUUAGCCCUUUCAGUCCUUUCGCUACGAUUCCAAAACGCUCGUCUUCUUUGCGACGCUCGACGCUUCAGCAACGUCAAAGUGAUCGUUCCCUUUUCUCUCGGGCAAAGGCUAUGGGCGAGUCUGAAUCUUAUGAAACCGGAAAUCGUCCGCGCCUGUCUUUGGAUAGUAACCUCUUUCAACCAAAUCGUGAUAGCUUGUUCUCUCCUCGGCCUGUACCGGGCAGUCCCCUAUUUACAACAUGUACUGGCGCUGAACAGACUCGCUCUGCUGCCCAUCCGCUCUCAAGGACAAUUACGCAAUCCUCAUCGAGCUCAAGUCUGGUAGACGACUCGCCAACACAUGAACCUAUUCACAAGAAUGAGCGUCCGAGAGGGGUGUUCAAUUUCUCCAAGUCGCUUCCAGCAGGUGCCACUCGGCCUACAAUUCGUCAACUGACCCGUGAAGAUUCAACAUCCUCCAUCGAUUCAUUUGCUACUCCAGAGAACUACAAGCUAGUAAAGCCUCUGCCAGCUGCGUUCAUGUCCACGGGUCUUAUCUCUAAAAAGAACCGCAAUGCUGAAGACCUUCAGAACAUGAUUGGCCUGAGCAAGAAUAUGCCUGAUACCCCGUGCAAACGGCCUAUCAAUCUAUUUCCCGCCGCACAGAAACCACAGCCCGAGCUAUCGUUAGGAAAGUCAACAUUGCUUCAUCAGUCAGACGCAGGACUUCAGUCCCCAUCCGACCCUCUUACCACACGUCCCAAGCCAGGCCAAUUUGGGCGAGGUAUGGGCAUCUUUGGAAACCCCUUCAACCGGCCUGUGGCUUCACGCCGUGGUAGCUUUGUGAGUGUAGACGGAGAUGAGGGGAUGCAAUCUCAGUCACCAUCAGGCAGGCAUGAUAGCCAACUACUAGGUGAAUAUGACUUUCCACCGACACCAACUAAACAGUCUUUUUUCCCCUCGCGCACUUACCCACCGGCUGUCUCGCAAAUAGCAUCUCUCGAGAGGUUGUCCGAGGCCAUGGGAACUAGCUCAAGCCCUCUACAUGACAGGUUCCAACGUGAAUCACCACAUACUCCUCAAGAGCACUUCUUUCCUCCUGACCCAAGUGGUCUGUCAAUUUCAGCACCCAAUGACCAGCACUCUGUCAAAGCGGAUUUCAAUUCAUCCAACCUGCCAGCAACCCCUACAGGACCACGCGAGUCUUUGCUGCAGUCUGGGAAGCGGCCUAGUUUGCCAUUGAAUGGAUAUCAUGCACCUGACGUCGACCAGAGUCUCACUUCGCGCUUCGAGAAGGUCGAGCUUACGGGUACGGGGGAGUUUUCUCAAGUGUACCGUGUUUCUGAGCCCCACAAGAAAUUAUCGUCGAUAUUUUCAAGCGACCCUAUGUCUCCAAAAAUCUUACAGGAGCAGGUGUGGGCGGUCAAGAAAUCCAAGCAGCCGUACUCCGGACUUAAAGACCGUGAGCGCCGCAUUCGUGAAGUAGAUGUGCUUAAGGCUUUAACAAAUUCCGACCACAUUAUUUCUUUUAUGGACAGCUGGGAAGACAAUGGCCACUUGUAUAUCCAGACGGAGUUCUGUGAAGAGGGCAGUUUGGAUGUAUUCCUUGCCCAUGUUGGUCUCAAGGCUAGGUUGGAUGAUUUUAGGAUCUGGAAAAUAUUGCUUGAAUUGUCCACAGGAUUAAAACACAUCCAUGAAAUGGGCUUUAUCCACCUUGACCUAAAACCAGCCAAUAUCCUAAUCACCUUUGAAGGUGUUUUGAAAAUUGCCGACUUUGGUAUGGCAACGCGUUGGCCAGCAGAGCACGGAAUUGAUGGCGAAGGGGAUCGUGAAUACAUCGGCCCGGAGAUCUUGAUGGGUCGCUACGACAAACCGGCAGACAUUUUCUCCCUAGGUCUGAUCAUGUUUGAAAUCGCUGGAAAUGUUGAACUGCCCGACAAUGGCCUUUCGUGGCAGAAACUUCGGAAUGGUGAUAUGAGCGAUGUUCCUAGUUUAACAUGGAGCUCUGGGACCAGCAUCUUUCGUGACGCAUCUGGGAACCCGGUUCCCGGGGAAUCAUCAUUCGAAGAACUCUGCGCCUCGGAUUUUGGUGACGAUACGUUUGGUGAAAAUGGGCUCCUCGGCAAGUCUAGUGAGCGCAAAGCCGUUCCCCUCGCUCGGUCUGGCGAGUUGGUUGAUCCUCCAAGCUUUAUGGUCGACGCCGGCAAUGAACAAGCUUUGGACAGGAUUGUACGGUGGAUGAUAUCCCCGGAACCACUUGAUCGGCCCACAGCUAAUCAGAUCUUGGAAACGUAUGGUGUCCAAUUCGUGGAGCGUCGACGCCGUGCCGGGGCUACGGUAUAUGAAGGCAAUUGGGGCCCUGCAGACGAAAUCCUCGCCGAGGAUGCCGAAAUGAUCGACGUAUAA